AUGUAUUCCACCGACGCCGCCAUGAAACUUGCUCUUUUUUCUGUUCUUACACUCCUCUCCUUCCAUGCAGUGGUCUCAGUUGCAACAUUGCAUUUUCAACAUCCACUUGACCCUUUAACCAAGGAAGAGUUUCUAGCAGUUCAAACCAUAGUCCGAAAUAAAUACCCCAUCUCAAACAACAAAUUAGCUUUCCACUAUAUUGGCCUAGAUGACCCCGAAAAAGAUAUUGUCUUAAAAUAUGAAACUUACCCAACUCUUGUAACAAUCCCUCGUAAAAUCUUUGUUGUUGCAAUAAUCAAUAGCCAAACUCAUGAGAUAGUAAUUAAUUUAAAGUUGAGAAGCAUUGUCUCUGACAAUGUUUAUAAUGGAUAUGGUUUCCCUGUCUUAUCCAUUGAUGAACAAGAGAUUGUCAAUCAACUUCCAUUGAAAUAUCCUCCUUUCAUUGCCUCAGUUAACAAGAGAGGAUUGAAUCUCUCCGAGAUAGUGUGUUUUAGUUUCACUAUGGGCUGGUUUGGAGAAGAGAAGAAUAGUAGAACUGUGAGACUAGACUGUUUCAUGAAAGAUAAUACUGUGAAUAUCUAUGUGAGACCUAUUACUGGAAUCACAAUAGUUGCUGAUCUUGAUCUUAUAAAAAUAGUUGAGUAUCAUGAUAGAGAUAUUGAAGCAGUGCCAACCGCAGAGAACACAGAAUACCGAGUUUCAAAACAAAGCGCACCAUUUGGACCAAAACAGCAUAGUCUCACCAGUCAUCAACCACAAGGUCCUGGCUUCCAGAUCAACGGCCAUAGUGUUAGCUGGGCCAAUUGGAAGUUUCAUAUAGGAUUUGAUGUACGAGCUGGUAGUGUUAUAUCACUUGCUUCUAUUUAUGAUCUAGAGAAGCACAAGUAUCGUAGUGUUCUAUACAAAGGCUAUAUUUCUGAACUGUUUGUACCUUAUCAAGACCCGACUGAAGAGUUUUACUUUAAGACCUUCUUUGAUUCUGGAGAGUAUGGUUUUGGUCUGUCAACGGUGUCUUUGAUACCCAACCGUGAUUGUCCACCACAUGCACAGUUCAUUGAUACAUACAUUCACUCAGCUGAUGGUACUCCACGCCUCUUAGAGAAUGCAAUAUGUGUUUUCGAACAAUAUGGAAAUAUCAUGUGGCGUCACACUGAAAUUGGAAUUCCUAAUGAAUCCAUUGAAGAAUCUAGAACGGAAGUGAACUUGAUUGUAAGAACCAUAGCGACUGUUGGAAACUAUGACAAUGUUAUAGAUUGGGAGUUUAAAGCAAGUGGCUCCAUCAAGCCAGCGAUAGCACUAUCAGGUAUAAUUGAAAUUAAGGGAACAGAUAUUAAGAACAAGGAUGAGAUUAAGGAAGAUCUACAUGACAACUCGUUUGAGAAGACAAGUUUAAGGACUGUAAGAAUCUCAAAUGGAAGUUCAAAGAGAAAGAGUUAUUGGACAACUGAGACUGAAACUGCUAAGACUGAAUCAGAUGCAAAGAUCACAAUUGGAGUUGCACCAGCUGAACUUGCAAUAGUGAACCCAAACAUUAAAACUGCUAUUGGAAACGAAGUUGGUUAUCGUUUGAUUCCAGCAAUUCCAGCUCAUCCACUUUUAACAGAAGAUGAUUAUCCACAAAUACGUGGUGCUUUUACAAAUUAUAAUGUCUGGGUGACACCAUAUAAUAGAACUGAGAAAUGGGCUGGCGGACUUUAUGUUGAUCAUAGUCGUGGUGAUGAUACUUUGGCUGUUUGGACUAAACAAGAUAGAGAGAUUAUGAACAAGGACAUUGUGAUGUGGCAUGUAGUUGGAAUUCAUCAUGUUCCAGCACAGGAAGAUUUUCCAAUAAUGCCGCUAUUGAGCACUUCAUUUGAGCUGAGACCAACCAACUUCUUUGAGAGGAAUCCAGUUCUUAAAACACUUUCUCCAAGAGAUGUUCCAUGGCCUGGUUGCUCCAAUUUAAACAAGAUAGCUUAA